AUGUCGUCGUCUAACAUGAUGGGGGCAUCUAGUAGCUCGGGUGCUAUGAACCAAUCAUAUACGCAGUUCUUGCAAUCGCAACUGUUGAACGAACAGUUUCAGCAGUUCAUUGUCGCCUCUGUCGAGGAAGAAGUGGAAGAAGUUCCUGCCCCGCCCAAACGAUUGACGAAAAAAGGGGUUGCUGUAGCGGAUAAGGCGAAGUGGUCAACUCAGGAGGCGUUUUUGUUGGCGCAGGCGUGGACACGUGCUUCACAAGACUCGAGAGUGGGGAUAAGCCAAGACGAGACAAUGUUUUGGGUCAAAGUGAUCGAGGGGUUCAACAGUAACCGCCCAACAGGAAAGCGCAACAAAAGUCAACUACACGGCAAAUGGAGCAAGAUCAAGAGAACCACCAAACUGUUUGGAGCAAUCUUGAAGAGAUUGCAAGAUCAAGACCGACAGAGCGAGGCAGAUGACAGUCAAAUGUAUAAGGCUGCUCAUGAAAUCUAUGAACAGAACCAUGGGCCACCCCGAUUUCCAUAUGAGGAGUGUUACAAUGUGCUGAAAGAUUGUCCUGCAUUUUGGCAAGACCAUAGUAUUGCCAAAAUAACUGCAGCUGAUUUUAUUGAUUUGGGAGAGGAUGAGGGGCACGUUGGGGCUGGUCUGAGUGUGGAACCGAAUGAAGCUUUGAACCAGUUGUUUGGAGACGACCCUAUUAGAAGACCACCGGGUCGUAAUGUUAGCCGGAAAAUGUCUAGUCGCUCGGAUGCGACUUCCAGCCGUGGUGGUUCGAGUGGGUUAGAACAGGCGUUGGGCAAGCUUGAGCAAAUGCUCUUGAUGAAACAAGAGCAGAUGUUAAAAAUUGAGGAUAGGAAGAGGAUAGAGGAGGAGCGGAAGACGAGAUAG